UUUUAUUAGAUAAAAUGUUGAUAUAAAUAUGUACUUACCUAACACAAAACAGAAAUACCAUAAAAUAGAAAAGUUUAAUGCACAACAGCCAAAGAAGUCGUAGUUGGUUUUUAACAGAAUAAUGUGUGAUAAAAAGUUAUAAUUUACAACAAUAGCUCGAUAGUAGUUUCAAUCAAUUUUGUAUUGAAAAGUUUCGCUAUGCCAGAACAUGUGGAACUUCAACAACUCGUGGAUAUGUCAGUCGGCAGCGGGGAUGAGUCCAUCCCCAAUCUACUCGAGAACAAGAGACCUCUUAUAAAGCGGUGUCCGUAUCUUGGUUUGAUUUUAGCUACUUUAUCUUCUCUAUUUUUCUCACUAUGUUCAGUUAUAGUAAAGAGUUUAGUCAACAUAGAUCCAAUGCAACUGGCAAUGUUUCGGUUCAUCGGAGUACUUUUACCGACAAUACCUAUAGUUGUAUACACCGAGCAGCCAGUCUUUCCACGAGGUAAACGUUUAUUGCUAGCUUUACGUUCCAUUGUCGGAACAGUAGGCCUCAUGCUGAGUUUUUAUGCAUUCAGGAAUAUGCCGCUAGCAGAUGCAUCCGUCAUAGUGUUCUCUGUGCCCGUUUUCGUAGCACUUUUCGCGCGUGUUUUUUUAAAAGAACCCUGCGGUAUGUGGAAUACAAUUUCCAUAAUUCUUACGUUAAUUGGUGUUAUAUUAAUAACACAUCCGCCAUUUUUAUUUGGUGGUACAGUAACAGAACAUAAUUCAAACUAUAACAGUCUUAGAGGAGCUGUAGCUGCAUUUAUAUCGACAAUAUUUGGUGCCAAUGCCUAUGUUCUUCUAAGAGUACUCAAAGGAUUACAUUUUUCAGUGAUCAUGACAAAUUUUGGAGCUAUAGCAAUUUUACAAACAUUUGUCUAUUCAUUUGUUUUUGGCUUGCUAUGCAUGCCAAAUUGUGGCACAGAACGUUUCCUUGUUGUUUGUCUGGCAUUGUUUAGUUAUUUGGGUCAGAUCUUAUUAACAAUGUCAUUACAAUUAGAACAGGCAGGCCCAGUAGCAAUAGCUCGAUCAGCUGAUAUUGUUUUCGCCUUUCUAUGGCAGGUGAUGUUUUUUAAUGAAAUCCCAAGUAAAUUUUCAAUUUGCGGUGCUGUUUUAGUGUUGAGUUCUGUUAUGUUAGUUGGUUUAAGGAAAUGGGCGUUAGCUCUACCGGAAGACUCUAGUUUAAGGAGUAAAUUAGGUGCACUUGCACGAUAAUCAUGUAUUCCCAUUUUGGUCUUUAAUCUCAUUAGGAUAUUAUACCACACUGUACCUUAUUAUUCUAGUCAAUGUAAUGGAUAUCUUGUUUUUGCACUCUUUGUUUAUCCUAAAAUAAUUUUAGAAAUUAAAUUUUUUUUAUAAUUAUCUAUUUUCCAAACUGUGACAAUAUUACACUGUAUUCGAGUUAGUAAAAGAUGUUAUACUGUAGUGGUCAUAGAUACAAGCUCAUCAUGAUUAUAUCACAUUUUCAUUGAAUAAGUAACCAUAAACAAUUAUACUGGAAUAUGCUGUUAAAAUAAACAUGAUGAUUUUUUUUUUUUAAAUUAAUGUUUAUAUCAGAUUUUUAGCAGUAUUCAAUAGUAGGCGCUAAACAUAACUUGACUCCCUAUAGGAGAAAUAUAAAGCCUUAA